UAAACCCGAUGACUUCGUCUUCGGUCUGUAGCAAAGGUGAAACCAAAACACAACUCCCCCAAACCCCAAUCUCUCUCUCUCUAAAAUUCAACCCAAUUACUCAACCCUCCGGACAAACCCCAUCCAACAAUGCCCAACCCAUCGCCACCCGAUCCGACCCCCACAAACCCUAAUGACCCCGCCGCCGGAGAAUUCGACCCCCUCCCAAUCCCACCCCUCGACCCCACCUUCUUCUCCUCUGACGCCUUCGCCGGACCCUUCGACGCCGUCGACUAUCUCGACGAUUUUGACUUCAACUUCGACAAUUUCGAUCUCCCCUCCGAUACCGAGGAGUUCCUCAAUUACCCUCUACCCUCCCCGGUCGACCCGAUCGAUUCGGACCCGCCAGGUUUCUCCGCCGAUCCGGUAUCCGACGUUACUUCCGGUAGGUCGUGUGAAUUCUCUGGGGAUCGGUGCUCGGAUGUUGCCAAGUUUUUGAACCUUUCGUCUGUGGAGUGUUCGCAGGAGUCUGGAAACAAGGGGGUUUUGGAUUGUCCAUCACCAGAGUUGGAAACUCAACACCGGGAAGUUUCUGGGCCGGAGUCGUCUCAGGGUUCUGGCAAUUCUGGAUCUGCUGCGUCGGAAACUCUGAGUUAUCCGUCACCAGAUUCGGGUAAUUCACCAACUUCUGCUAGCAACUCGAAAAAUGGUUUUGGUGAUCAGAAGAUUAAACUGGAGGAAGAGGGCAACAAUUGCUUGUUGAAAAGGAAAAAAGCGAGUGAAGAUGUGAACUCUGAGUUGAGGACGAGCAAGUACCGUCGGUCAAACGCUGUGGGGAAUGCCGACCCACCUUCUGGUAUGGAUUCAACUGGUGAUGACGAAGAUAAAAAGAAGGCGAGGUUGAUGAGAAACCGCGAAAGCGCCCAGCUUUCUAGGCAGAGGAAGAAGCAUUAUGUGGAGGAGCUUGAGGAUAAGGUGAGAUCAAUGCAUUCCACUAUUCAAGAUUUGAACUCUAAGAUUUCGUACAUAAUGGCUGAAAACGUGAGUUUGAGGCAGCAGUUGAGUGGUGGUGCCAUGUGCCCACCACCCCCCGUGCCGCCUCCGGGCAUGUACCCGCAUAUGCAUAUGGCACCCAUGGGCUAUCCAUGGAUGGCUUGUCCUCCUUAUGUUGUGAAACCACAAGGUUCUCAAGUUCCAUUGGUCCCAAUACCGAGAUUGAAACCACAGCAACCUGCUUCAGCGCCAAGAGCUAAGAAGGUUGAGAGUAAUAAGAAGGGUGAGGGUAGAACUAAGAAGGUUGCAAGUGUUAGUUUCCUGGGUUUGUUGUUCUUUAUCCUCUUCUUCGGUGGAUUGGUACCAAUGGUGAAUGUGAAAUUCGGAGUAAUGCAGGGAAGGGUUUCUGGUGGGUCAGAUUAUUUGGGCAGUAGGUUUUAUGAAACGCAACGCGGGAGGGUUUUGACUGUUAAUGGCCACCUAAAUGGUUCUGACCGAAAUGUAGGAAUUGGACCAACCAAUGGGAUGUUCAGUGGUGCAAGGGGUCACCUUGGGAGAGCCAAGGCAAAUGUUGUGAAGCCAGGAAAUUCUAGUGAGCCUCUUGUUGCCUCGUUGUAUGUUCCAAGGAACGACAAACUUGUGAAGAUUGAUGGCAACUUGAUUAUUCAUUCUGUCAUGGCAAGUGAAAAGGCCAUGGCAUCUCAUCAAGAUCAGGGAAUGAAGAAUAGUAAAGAGACUGGACUGGUAGUUCCUGGGAAUAUGCCUCCAGCUAUCCCUCUUGGAGGAAGGAAUAAUGGGAGACAUCCCAACGUAUACAUGAGUCCAUCUGAACAGCGUAGGGCUCUUGGUCCUGGUUCUGCAGAUACAGAGAAUUUGAAGUCAGCAGCGGCUGAUGGUAAACUGCAACAGUGGUUCAAGGAAGGUCUUGCAGGGCCAAUGUUAACUUCUGGUAUGUGCACUGAAGUUUUCCAGUUUGACGUCUCACCAUCGCCAGGAGCCAUAGUUGCUGCCGCCUCAGUCAUGAACAUUUCUGCUACACAUCCCCAGAAUUCUACGCACCCCAUUUUGAAGGGACGGAACAGAAGGAUCCUCCAUGGUGUCCCCAUUCCCCUUGGUGCUGCUGGAUCUCACAACGACUCCACUAAAGAACACCGGGAUAGAAAUCCAGGCAAAGAAGAUAGCUUCCGUGGGAACAAGUCUCGUUCGUCUAUGGUAGUAUCUGUGCUUGUUGACCCAAGGGAGGCUGGCGAUGGUGAAGGUGAUGGUGUGAUGGGACCAAAGUCGCUCUCUAGGAUUUUCGUCGUCGUUCUAAUAGACAGUGUUAAAUACGUCACAUAUUCGUGCAUGCUUCCGUUGAAGGGUUCCGGUGCUCUCAUUUAGUGUGACAUCUAAAGGAUGUGAAACGAUGGACUGAAACAGUAUCCAUAACGGGAUCCAGUUUUGCACAUAGAUAAGGUUUCUGUAGUUCUUAUAGAAGUAACAAAACAAUAUCCCUUCAUGUCUCUGGCUUUAUGAAACUGCCAUGAGUUUUGACCAAGAUGGACUAAGUUAUCAAGGCAAUACAAACAUGGACUUCAUUGUCACUC